AUGGGCUCUAGUGCGGCUUUCGACCAGGAUGAGCUGACGGUGUUGAUCACUGGGUUCGGGCCCUUUAAGGAAAACUACCCACGCAACCCCUCGUGGGAGAUCGUCUCGCGCCUGCCCGACUACAUCCCGCCCCUGCGCGCCAAGCUCGCCUCCAACCCGACGACGCCGCACGCCACCAUCGCCCGCGCCGCCGGCGAGCACAUCCCGCCCGUCCGGCUGCUCGUCCACCCGGAGCCCGUGCGCGUCAGCUACGCCGUCGUCCGCCCGCUCGUGCCCCGCCUCUGGGCCGGCCAAGGCACGGCGCCCGAGCUGCUCUCCUCCCCGUCGUCCUCCCGGCUGCCCGACGCCGAUGGCGGCGAGCACGAUGGCGAAGAGGACCCCAACAGCAACAGCAACAACAACAACACCAAUAAAAACGACGCCCACAACGACGGAGGCCGGGAUCGCCGGCCUCCGCAGCAGCCGGCGAGGCGCAUCGACCUCUGCGUGCACGUCGGCAUGGCCGGCGCGCGCAUGCAGUACAGCCUCGAGCGCCGGGGCCACCGCGACGGCUACAGGAUGAAGGACGUCGACGGCGCGCUGCUCGACGACGAGCGCUUCCGGCACCCCAAGGAGGACGGCGGCGACGACCCGCGCUGGGAGUGGUUCGGCGUGCCCGAGGAGCUCGAGACGGACGUCGACGCCGACGACGUGCUCAAGCGGUGGAGGGCGCAUGCGCCGCCGACGGCCGACGUGCGCAUAUCCGAGGACGCUGGGCACUACCUCUGCGACUUCAUCUACUUCUCCAGCCUCGCCCAUCUCUGGAAGGCGGGCGAGCACCGCCGCGUGGUCUUUCUGCACGUCCCCUCGGCGUGCUCGGACGAUCUCAUCGCCAGCGGCCGGGAGAUUCUGCUGUCGCUCAUCCGGUCCAUCGUCGAGAGCGAGAUCAGCAAGGACAGGGCGGUGGCCGAGACCGUGGGCCAGACCGUCGGGGCGCAGAGCGAGACACGAUGA